CCAGCCAGUCUCACGCAGACAGAGAGAGAGAGAGAGAGAGAUGGGCACAAUUCCCAGUCCUCUUCCUCCCUGCGACAAUCUGGGCUGCAGUGACAUUAUUUGCUGUCCGGGGAAACAGUCAUGGCCAGAGCUUAUAGGGAUGGAAGCAGAAGAAGCAAAGUCCAUAAUCGAGAGCGAAAAUCCAAAUGUGACAGUAGUGAUAUCAACACCCGAUGUGUAUAGGAUUCCUGAUUUAUGUUGCAAUAUUGUGUGGAUUUAUGUUGAAGAUCUUAGCAAUGGCAUCGUCACAAAUGUACCAAAAGUUGGGUGUUCAGGAGCUUAGUAAUCAACCCAAAUUUAUCUUCAGUCAUUAAGGAGCUUUCAACCAAGGACCGACUUUGAAAGCUUCUGGGUUCAAUCUAAGGAUUGAGAAAUUGGCUCCAGUGAGAAUCCAAUGAGCUUGACAAUAUUUUCAAAUGUUUUGUAUGAUUGGUUAUAUCUCAAUUUUUUUCUGGCUCCUUGAAAGGUGGAAAUUCAUGUUUAACAAAAGAAAAAAAAAACCUCUCUGCAGGAAGAGGUCCAAGAGUAUUGCAUUUGUCUUUGAGUUUUUUUUUUUUUUUUUUUUAAAUUUAUUGGAAGAAGCGACCCUGACAUCUUUUUUAUUCCUUUGUUUUUAUCUCAUUUUGCUUUUGAGUGAUUUA